AUGCCCUAUAGACUCAGUGCAUCUCCUACAGUCCCCACAGCCUCCACCAACAGUCCCACAGCCUCCACCAACAGUCCCACAGCCUCCAUCAACAGUCCCACAGCCUCCAUCAACAGUCCCACAGCCUCCAUCAACUGUCCCACAGCCUCCGCCAACAGUCCCCAGCCUCUGUCAACAGUCCCCAGCCUCUACCAACAGUCCCACAGCCUCCACCAACAGUCCCACAGCCUCCACCAACAGUCCCACAGCCUCCACCAACAGUCCCACAGCCUCCACCAACAGUCCCACAGCCUCCACCAACAGUCCUACAGCCUCCACCAACAGUCCCACAGCCUCCAUCAACAGUCCCACAGCCUCCACCAACAGUCCACAGCCUCUGUCAACAGUCCCACAGCCUCUACCAACAGUCCCACAGCCUCCAUCAACAGUCCCAAAGCCUCCAUCAACAGUCCCACAGCCUCCACCAACAGUCCUACAGCCUCCACCAACAGUCCUACAGCCUCCACCAACAGUCCCACAGCCUCCAUCAACAGUCCCCAGCCUCUACCAACAGUCCACAGCCUCCACCAACAGUCCACAGCCUCUGUCAACAGUCCCACAGCCUCUGUCAACAGUCCCCAGCCUCUACCAACAGUCCCACAGCCUCCAUCAACAGUCCCACAGCCUCCGCCAACAGUCCCACAGCCUCCGCCAACAGUCCCACAGCCUCCGCCAACAGUCCACAGCCUCUGUCAACAGUCCCACAGCCUCCACCAACAGCCCCACAGCCUCCACCAACAGUCCCCAGCCUCUGUCAACAGUCCCACAGCCUCCAUCAACAGUCCCACAGCCUCCACCAACAGUCCUACAGCCUCCGUCAACAGUCCCACAGCCUCCGUCAACAGUUAA